GCCGUCAAACACGACGUUUCCCUUCAUUGUGCGAGCUGCAACCACAAUGUCCCAAUGAGACCUUUCUUGACUUCACGCGGCUCUAUCUGGCGCUCCACGUUGCGAUCCAGAAUGGCCAGCACAUCCAGUACGCCGAUGGAGGACACAAUCCGCCGGAAGGUAACCGAAGCAUUGAACCCGACCCUGCUCAGCAUCCGGAAUGAUUCACAUCUGCAUUCACACCACAAGGCCAUGGCUGGAAGUACCUCCAAGGAGACGCAUUUCUACGUCGAAAUAACAUCCCCCUCCUUCCAGUCCAAACCCCAACCCGCACGGCACCGCAUGGUCUACGCCCUUCUCAAAGACGAAAUGGAACAACAAGGCGGGAUCCACGCGCUGCAACUACGCACCAAGACGCCCGAGGAGGAAAAGAGACUCAAGGCUAAGUCUUCUCCACCGUCCUGACCAUUUCAGCUUCGUGUGAGGCGACACAACUGCAGGAAACACGCACAGGCGGGAGGGUGGGAAAGAUGCAAACGCCGCCUUAGAGUCUUAUUGACUUGGACCUCCUUCGCCCCUGACAUGGGAAGGGAUUAUCUUGGCUCAGACUCGUUCUACCGAGGUUUCAAGCCCAAUCCUUUGAGAUUUGAAUGUAGCCGCGGUCUUUCCCAAGACAUAGUAUGUGCGAUCGCCAGAUAAGCGUGCUGGCUAGGUGGUGAAUGGUACUUGAGAUGUGCGGAGUCCAUCAGAUCAGAGAACAAUUGAGGUCUGGGAUAUUCUCUUUCACGCCCUCUCUCUGAGCACUGUUAGGCUUCCAAAGCCAUGGGCCUUAUUAAGUAAUUUGUCUAAGUUGUGCUGUACAAACGUUCCCAAUGAAGUCCAACAAUAGAAAACACAAAAAGAAC